AGUUUGAGGACGAAGAAGGUACAAGAAGCUAACUAGGCAUGCAAUCAUUGGGAAAACUUAGAAACUUUCUAUAGCCUAUUGUACUCCAGAGAGUUUUAUGAUCUGCUUAGCAAUCAAGGAGCCUAGACUCCUUUUAACCUCAACUUAAACGCUUAAAAAUUCAAGGUAAAAGCACUUUGGUGGUGAUAAGAGAGAUUUUAGUUUGUCAUUUUAACCCUGAAGGAAGGUUAGGACUUCAGAUGGUGGGAACAGAUGUUGUUUGCAGGAUCUGGUUCCCUCCACAGUCCUUUUUCUUGCUGCCUGCUCAGACUCCUGGAGACCCUUCUCCCACCUGCAUCCCCAUGCCAGCUCUCACGCUGCAGCCCAUGGGCAGCUCCCACACUCUGCAAGCUCCAAACCCGGCCAGGUGAGUCAAACCUGCCCCUGCUGCUCAGCUCUCAGCUCACAGCCCUGCACUUGCUGCUCAAGAUACAAAUGAUUGGUGAGGUGGUUUUCAUAUAAUAACUUAAUGGUUUUAAUACUCAUCUCAGAAGUGGUCGGACUUGGGUUUGGGUCCUCCUUCUCCCGAGGGUUAUUCAAAUCCACCUGUCCCUUCCCAGGCUGUAGGCAACCUCUCAGCCCUUCCUAUUGAAGUUGUGCCAUGGUGCACAGAAGGAGAAGCAGACCUGGAGAGGAGAAGCAAGUGGGGGCCUGACUGUGGCCUGCCUAAAGGCAGGUGGGGAGCAGGUAUCUGGCAGCAUUCCCAAGGCUGCUUACUGUAUCAUUUGCAUUAAAACAUCUCUGGAUAAAAAUCAAAACCAGCCCUGGAGGCAGAGUCCAAACCCAGUGCCUCUAUCCACAGGGAGAGGUUGCAAGCACCUUGCCCUGGCGGCGGGUGCUGUUUUGGUGCCACCCCAGCCACACCCUCUUCCCCAGCCACAUCUUUAAAAGGAACUCGGAGUGUCUGCUCCCUCACACCUCCACCAGGGCCAGCUGAGGAGAGCUGGCCCUGCCCAGGACUCCCAGACCCGAGGGGGCUUCACAGGCAUCGCUGCUGAGAGGUUCAGCUUGCCCACAAUGUUUGGAUCUCAGCAUGGAGGAAAGGAAACUUGAGGUACCCUUCUUCUGGUGAAAAAGUUGGUUCUUGUGGACUCUUAGGCUGGAGGAGGGGAGAAGUCAUGGCUCACUUAGCUCUGCAUUUUAGACUUGGAAUUCCCUGUUGUGAUACUUUUCAGGUCCCUGUGUGGCUUUGAGGACCUUGCCUGAGGAGAAUUGAGGGCAUUUCAUUUUGAGAUGUGACUGAAGGACGUGGAAGGUUAACUUCAGCUCUGGAUUGUCCAAUUCUCUUUUGAAAAUUACUGCAGUUUCACAGUCAUUUAGAAGCUUUAGAAAUUUUCCCCUUUGCUUGUCUUUGCCUUCUUGUGUAAAAUAGAGGUUACCUCCAGGACCCACCAUAUGUUAAAGAAAGAUUUGUGAUCCUCUGAAGGACAGCAGGCUGAGCAUAGAGUGUUACCUUGCUAAUGGAAAAGCUGGGCAGAUGUGUUGGGAAAAAUUAAACCUGCUGGUGCUCUUGGUGAGACUGGAAUGACUUUUAAAGAGACAUCUUUGGUUGGCAGUGCUGAGAUGUGUAGAUGAGAGUGUCUGUCAUAUUCUUUAGGCUUCAAGUGAGCAGCUUUCAGCACACAGGAAUGAGUUUGUUGAAGGCUUGCAGGUUACUUAUGAUGGGCCUGGGGAAUGGGGAAGGCCUUUGUUGGUGCAGUUUGAAAACUAAACCAAACCCACCUCGCUAGACCUUUUCAAGAUAGCCCUGGCAGAGUGUGGGUGACCCUUUUGGGUUAGUAUGAAAUGUCUCCUCUCUCCCCUCCCCACAUGGUGCCUUGUCCUGCCAAACUCUCUCUCCCCAGAUGCGAAGUUCUGCUCUGGAUCCGUGAUCUGCUGUGAGGAGCCCUGUGUUGACUUUAAGGCUCAUGGAGGAUCUUCUGCUCCCAGGACAGCAGGUCAGUCAGCAAUGGCUGCAGCAGAAAUUCCCAGUUACAUUGUCUCUUCUCAGACUGAGAAACACAGGAGGGCCAGAAACUGGACUGAUGCAGAAAUGAGAGGUUUAAUGCUGGUUUGGGAAGAAUUUUUUGAUGAGCUGAAACAAACUAAAAGGAAUGCCAAAGUUUAUGAGAAAAUGGCUAACAAACUCUUUGAAAUGACUGGAGAAAUUCGCCACGGAGAGGAAAUAAAGAUAAAAAUUACAAAUAUGACAUUCCAGUACAGGAAAUUAAAAUGCAUGACUGACAGUGAAACUGUGGCACCUGACUGGCCUUACUACAAAACCAUUGAUAGGAUCUUAUCCAAAGUGACAGACCACAGCGAUGUGAAAAUGCAUGAAAAUCAGCAGCCAGGUCCUUCUACAUCCCAGACAGAGGCCUCGCAGUCUCCAUCAGCUAAGUCUACACCUCUGUAUCUGCCAUAUAACCAGUUUACAUAUGAAGGAAGGGAAGAAUGCUUUGAAGAUGAACAUUCAGAGAGCUCAUCAAGCUUGCUUUCUUACAAGCUGAGAGCUGAAGAAAGACCAGUUAAGAAAAGAAAAAUGCAAAACUGCAGUUUCCAAAAGAAGAAGCUAAAAUUAAUGGAAGCCAUGUUGGAAGAACAAAAGAAGUUGAGCAGAGCCAUGGAAGAAACCUGUAGAGAAGUGCGCAGGAUCCUGGAUCAGCAGAACAUCAUUCAAGUUCAAAGCUUACAAUUACAGGAGAGAAUGAUGAAUCUACUGGAGAAAAUGAUCUCCAAGUCUAAUGUGUAGUUUCCUUUGUGAAUGCCUCUGAGAUUACUAUUGCUAACAUAGAUAACCAUUUAUUGCACACCAUAUGUGUGUCUGUUGCCCUAUUCCCAGGUUUUCCAUGGAAAUUAAAACCCUAGUGUAAUCCUAGUUCAGCAAAGAAAACAUAAUGCAGGGCCAGAGCUAUCCAGUAUAUAAAAUUAGUGCAAUAUAUGCCUCAGUCGAAUUAUUUUUAUACAGAAAGGUUAAGGGAUAAAUAGCUUGGGGAACUGAAGUACUAUUUAUGCCUAAGUCAGGUAUUGUUUUGCAAACAGUGGUGUUAUUAUUGCUUCACAUCAGCGAUUGCAGCUUAAUCUGUUUUAGGAGAAUGAAAUAGUGCAUUUCUAAACAUGGUUAUUGCACCUUGACUUUGCUGAUGAUUAAACCCUGUUUUGAAGCAUAUGCCUGAUUGUAUAAGUGACCUAUGGUUCUUGUGAAGAGCUAGUUGGAACCAUGAGAUACAUAAUUUUAAACUCCAUGCCUGAUAUGAAUAGUACUCUAAAGUAUGAGGGUAAAAAUAGUCUAUUCAAAUACAUUUUUUGAUAUAAAAAGAAACCCCCCCAAACCACCUUACUAUAUACUAAAUACUAAAAUGUAUAGAAGAUACUUGAAUUUGCUUUUGAUAUUAAACAUUUAAAUUUUUUUCAUUAUUAACUGGAAUAUGUUGACUUAAUAAACAACCAGCAAUGAAAACUUUCAUUUAUUCUCUAUCACGAAAGUAUUGUACUGUGUGUAUAUACAUAUAUAUAAUGUCUAUCAAAUGAAAUAAAGAAAAAGAAGAAAUUA